AUGGCAGAAAAGGACGCCUCUGCCCGUCUCCGCAGAGCCGUGAAAGAGAACAAUCUCUUUCUCGUCAAGCGACUGAUCAAGCGGACAGAGAUGCGCAAUUCCGAUCCAUACAACAAGCGGUACACCUCUCUCGCCUGGGCCGCCGUGCUGGGACAUGAGGAGACGUUUGAGUUUCUGCUCAGUAUGGGACACGACGAUCACGAGUAUAGCAAGGACUUGGAAGACAACACAAUACUCAUCCUCCUAGCCGAUGCGCGUCCCCCACCAUCGACGCCACACACUCCCGGACCGCCCGACCAGGACUUCCUUGGUGCAACUCUUCGCAUGGCCCGCAUGUACAUCGACCGCUACCCCGACAUCCUCGACUGGGCGAACCAGGAUGGGAAGACCGCGCUGCACGUCGCUGCGCUCAAGGGGAAUGAGGAGCUCGUGCGCAUGCUCUGCGAUCUAGGCGCAGACUUCGACCUCGCUGAUAACGAGGGAAACACCCCAUUACACUACGCAAGCGCCUGGGGCCAUGUUACCGUCGUCCAGAUACUCAUCGAGCGUGGGUGCCAGUAUUCCGCGCGGAAUAAUCAGGGGUUCACGCCCUCGGACUACGCCUAUUCAAUAAGCACGAGAGACACCCUCCAAGAUACCGCUCGAAUA